CACGUAACAUAAAUAACACACAAGCGGACGAGUUCAAAAGUUUAAAAUUGAUGGAAUCAGGGGAUUCCUGGAACAAAACUGAUUCAUCACUUCAAAUGUCGCUCACGAAUACAAAAUGCCUCGUAGCAGAAAGCAAUCACAGAAAAGCCGUACUGUUAGCCCAGAGAAAAAUGUUCGAGACGUGAAAGCGGGUGGGGGCUUGAGCGAAUUGGAUGAUAAGUCGAAUGAUGACAUCUUUACUUAUGUUCAGGAAAUGUUUGGUGGACAGGUAGACCCUGAUGUUGUACACAUGGUUUUAUCAGAAUCGGAAUGGAGAGUUGAGGAAGCUGUUGAUACGCUCUUCCAUUUUGUUGGGAAUGACAACAAGGGACAAGCUGUGAAAUCCACUAAUAAGUUGUAUGAGCUGGCAUCCACGGUGUUUGAUAACAAGGAAAAUGAACACACCGACCCUAACUCAGCUGACAUGACUAAGAGUGAUAAUUGGCUGAGUGGAAGUAUGGACUCUCUGGACCCCAUUGUUAUUCCACCAAGACAGGAAAUAAAAUCAGAAGAAAAGCCUGAAGCUUUUACAGCCAAUGAGAACCUGGUAUCACAGCAAUCAAAUAAUAAUGCCUUUGGCAAAUAUGGUUUAUGCACAUUUGAACUACCUACUGCUAAACUGGACAGUACUGUAACUACCCAAUUUAUCCCAUGUUCUCCUCAAUUAUCACUUCAUUCAAAAAUGAUUACAUCAGAUUAUGAGGCUGGAUGUACUAGUUCUUCUGACCCACAUGGAAAUAUGACAUGUAUGAAGGCUGCUGACCCACUUCUCAGUGCUGACCUAUAUACACUUCCAUCUGGCACAGUUGUCCCAAACACUGUUGGUACACAGUCAUUAGAUAACCAAGUGGCAGCGGCCAGUGUUCAGAAACACGGCGUGAACUUGUCCGAGAUAGUAUCCCCAGAUCUGAUCUCAGACACAGAGACCAUGCUCUUUUCACAUGGUGCUGAUGCAAUAUCAUUACCAUCACGAGGAAGUGCUGAUAUAAAUGUAGACUUUCUCAAACCAAGUGAUUCCAGAACAGUUGACAACUGUGCCACACCUUCAAGGCAGAGCAGUGAUAUCAGUGCAAAUAUUUCACCAACAGACUCUAGUCCUAUAUCAGGAAUUGCAGAUUUAAGCUCAGAGAAGCCAUCGAAUGGGCAAACAAAAAUUCCAAAUUGCAGCGUGAAAUUUAAUUCAAGCAUGAAAGUCACAGAACCAUCCACACUAGUGGAAACUCAGAAGAAUGAAAUCCUGAACUCUGUCAACUCUGACAACGUCCAGCAUCAGAAGGUGUAUUUCCCGACGCCAGGAUCUGUGAACUGUGAGACGUUGUCAGACAUGUCGGUGGAGGAGAAGCAAAGCUCUAACUCUGUAUCAAAACUGUCAGCAGAUGCCCCAGAAUUUGUGCCUAGAUGGAUAAGCACAGCCUGGGCGAGUCCUGAACAUGACCAGCCUGCAUACAAAGGGGCCAUGAUUAAACCCUGGGAAAUGUCUGCACCUGGAAUGUCCACAUCUAAACUAACCUAUGUGAAAAAAACCUGGCCGCGACCCACGGAGAGAUUCUCCCUCAGUGACGCCAUUAAGCAGACUAGUAAACAUAAAGAUCAAGAUUCAAAACAAGUGCCUCAGAAAUCAAACGUCUGGCAUGUGCAGCGAGAAAUUAUAGAGAAUUAUGUCAAGUCUGGAGAGAAGGUAUUGGUGCUUUUACGAGGAUGUCCAGGCAGUGGAAAAUCUACAUUAGCCAGGCAGAUCAAAUUUGAUGGAACUAUUUUAACGACGGAUGAUUAUUUUAUGAGGGGAAAUUUUUACGAAUAUGACCAAGGCCUUUUGGGUGAUGCUCAUCUUUGGAAUCAGCAAAGAAGUGAGGAGGCGUUGAAGACUGGCAUUUCACCAGUAAUCAUUGACAACACUAAUUCUCAGAGAUGGGAAAUGAAACCUUAUGUAGUACAGGCAGUUAAAUAUGGAUAUAAAAUAGAGUUGAUGGAACCGCAGACCAAGUGGAAAUACAAAGCUCGAGAGUUGUGCAAGAGGAACAGCCACAAUGUAGGUCUGGAAACUAUACAGCACAUGUUACAGCGAUUUGAGUAUCAUGUCACUGUGGAGGACAUCAUGAACUGUACACAGACAGGUAAACAAAACAGGUCUCAAAGGAAGGAAAGCAGAGAAAAUAAAAAUUUAUCAGGAAUAUCAGGUGGUUACAAGUCUGGAGAGGGUGCCAAGUCCAGUAACAAAACACUAGUGGAUCAGGGUGUGGUAGCGCAGUACCAAGGAUUAAAUUGGUUUGUUAACCCAGCUACACCCCCUAGUGGUGAACUUUACGUAGAAGGGGAGGACAGUCAGGAGAGAGCUCAUUUUCCUGAUGUGAUUAUAGAAAGUGAGGAGGAGAUUGAUAUCAGUGGUGACGAAUCAAACAGCGCGACACCGCCCAGAGAAGUUCUUCAUGUUCACAGCAGCAACAGUAAGGAGUGUUUUGAAUCAGAUAGUAGCGAUGAACAAGCCAUUGCUUCAGGGUCUCUCAGUCAGAACUCUGCAGCAAUUAGGACACAGAGAAGAAGGAGUAAUAAGUUGUGCAGUUUUACUGCUGAUGUGAAGGACAGAAGUUUUCAUCUAGCCAUGUUACCUGACAAGCCCCCAGUUAUCCCCCUACCAAAGAGAGACAGCUCUGUGACAGAUACAAAGCCCCCAGUUAUCCCCCUGCCAAAGAGGGACAGAUCUGUGACAGAUACAAAGCCCCCAGUUAUCCCCCUACCAAAGAGGGACAGAUCUGUGACAGAUACAAAGCCCCCAGUUAUCCCCCUGCCAAAGAGGGACAGAUCUGUGACAGAUACAAAGCCCCCAGUUAUCCCCCUACCAAAGAGGGACAGAUCUGUGACAGAUACAAAGCCCCCAGUUAUCCCCCUGCCAAAGAGGGACAGAUCUGUGACAGAUACAAAGCCCCCAGUUAUCCCCCUGCCAAAGAGGGACAGAUCUGUGACAGAUACAAAGCCCCCAGUUAUCCCCCUGCCAAAGAGGGACAGAUCUGUGACAGAUACAAAGCCCCCAGUUAUCCCCCUACCAAAGAGAGACAGCUCUGCGACAGAAACAUAUGGCAAACCGUCUCCAAAUCACCCCACUAGCAUAAUUCCUGACCCUGGUGACAAUGGAAACAACAUGUCGCCAGAAGUGUCAAGUUCUGAUGGUUUGGGUCAAGUAGCUGUGGAUAUUUUAACAAAUGUGGCCUCAGAAUUAGCCUUGAUUAUGUCUCCAUCUGAAAUUGAUGUCAUAGAAAACGAGUUCAAAGCCUUAAUAUAUUGUGCACCACUUCCUGAGAGUGAAAAAGAGGUAGUUGAAAAACGACUAACAGAGACCGUUAAACUAUGCAAGCUGCAGCACCAGGUCUCAACAGGAGUUGACCAGUCAGUGAGUAAACAUGACCACUGUACAGCUAAAUCAACAGCAUACACAGAUACUUUACUAUACGAGCAAGAGGCAGAAACUCCGGAGGUUAAAGGGAACAUUGUUGAAAGAGACUGCAGUUUUUGGGAUGCCCCGGCUCCAAAACCACAACGUAGACCACGUGUACAUUCCAGCUCAGAGGAUUGCAAGUCUUACACUGGAGCAGAGAUCCCACAGAUGGGCCCUGACCUAGGGGCAAUAGUCGGCCAUGAUACUGCAGACACCAGUCAGCUGUCCACUUCACAGGACCAGUCACACGGAGGGGAUAACCUACAGGUGGGCCCUGACCUAGAGGCAGUAGUGGUCAGCGAAGCUGUGGAUACCAUUCAGCUGUCCACCUCAGAGGACCAGUCACAUGGAGGGGAUAACCUACAGGUGGGCCCUGACCUAGAGGCAGUAGUGGUCAGCGAAGCUGUGGAUACCAUUCAGCUGUCCACCUCAGAGGACCAGUCACAUGGAGGGGAUAACCUACAGAGGACCAGGUCACACGGAGGGGAUAACCUACAGGUGGGCCCUGACCUAGGGGCAGUAGUGGUCAGCGAAGCUGUGGAUACCAUUCAGCUGUCCACCUCAGAGGACCAGUCACACGGAGGGGAUAACCUACAGGUGGGCCCUGACCUAGAGGCAGUAGUGGUCAGCGAAGCUGUGGAUACCAUUCAGCUGUCCACCUCAGAGGACCAGUCAUUAAUGCCACAGGUAGGAGAGGAGACCCCACAGGUGGGUGCUGACACAGUAGUGGGCAGCGAUGUGGCGGAUAGCUCAGAGGACCCGUCAUUAACACCCAAGGUAGGGAAAAGUACCACAAGAACUCAGCGGAGGUCUCGUAGGAAGCAGACCAGGAGGCCAACCUCUCCGCUGUUCGAUAGAGCAGUGAAAGAGCGAUUCUUGUCAAACACCUGGACCUUCCCAGUGUUUGACACCUGUAAUUCUGACUCAAGCGAAGACUGUGGGGCAGCCACCAGGAUGCGAGCUGAACCAUUGAUUAAGGUGACAGAAACUCCAACCAGAGUAGAGCAAUUCUCCAACACUUGCCCCAGAGAUUUCAACAUUCUGCACUGUGUGAAUGAGGGAUACAAAGCGAGUGCCAUCGAAGAUGAGUUCAGGCUUCGCUCCGUCGGAGUAAGGGAGAUAAAUACGCAACACCUGGCUGAGGAGAACCCAGUGGAGCGAUUCCUAGGACAGAGUCGUACUCUGGAUCGCGGAACAUCCACAGAUGAUCUGCAGGAGGAGAUGAAUGAGAAGUUUGGGCUGGAGUUUCUACACAGCUGUUUCAAGGAUGUUCCCAUGGAAGAUUUGAUGGAUAUUCUGGCCAGCUGUGCCAAUGAUGUUGGAGACGCUGUCAACAUUUUGUUGGAGUGGGGCUAUGAUUACAUUGCCUCACCUGACCAGCGUAAGAAAAUAGCCUUAAAUCGUCUCAAAUCGCCUGAUGACCACCCUGUGUGCAUGCACUCUUUGUUGCCAUUGGAGUCUGCACAGAAGAUUACCCCUUUGUCGUUAACAGACCUGUGCUCACAGGUAGUAAAGGUGAGCAAAUCGGUCAGUGACAGGUUCAUAGAAGAACUACUGAUAUCUGGCAGUCAGAAGCGACUGGCCCUGGUGGAGAAGGUGACCAUGCAGUGUGAGAGGUUGAUGGGCAGUGAGGGUGAGGUGAACAGCCCGCAUGAUGUGUGGGUGAGGGAGGGCACAGUACUAUGUGUGUACUCAGACUCAGAUGACUCUGACAUGGCAUACAGCUCAGACAAUGAAGAGUCUACCACAACUGAACAGGAAAGUGAAGGGCCUGUGAAAGGGCAGAGGAACUCGGGCCCUGUCGCACCUGUCACGCCUGUCACACCUGUCACACAGGCUCAGGUGUCAAAAAUCAAAGCAACUCAGGGGCAGGUGAAAAAUGUUGAGCCUGACACCCAAGAUGAAAAAGAGCAGAACUGUGACAUCAGUGAGCUGGACAGUGAAGUAUGUGGCAGAGAGAUGACAAACAUUUCUGCUCUGCUGAUGAGUACAGAUGUCACGGAACCUAACGCGACUAGCCACAGUGAUGUAUCCCUGCCUGAGAUUUCCUCUGGGCCAGCUAGAGCCUUAACACCAGAGCCUUCAGGAAAGGCUGAUCCAGGCACACUGGGUAGCUCCAGUGGUGAUGAUGCAAGAUGCGUUUCCUUGAAUCUUUCAAGGCAAAUUAUCAAGACUUUGGAAGCAAUUUUUGGACCAGUAAACUCAGGGCCAGAUGGCGCUGCUAUGAAAUCUCUAGAUGUAGAUGUUGACUAUAGGGUUGCCAGGGAGCUUCACAACUGUUUGAAAAAUGUUUUCUCAAGAAGAGAUGAUAAAGUUGAAGACCUAAACACAAGUAAUGCAGCUGUGCAUCAGGUUGAGACAGGUGAUACACUUGCACUAGAGCAGACACGACCAGCCAAGAGUUUGCCUGGGGUAAGACGGGGGAAGAGAGCCCUAAAUCUGCCCUCUUUGAGGACAUCCCAGCGUAUGGUGAGGAACCCCCAUAAAGGACCUGUAGUACCCCUCAACCCAUCCCCAUGGUACUCUAGGGAACCUGUGAACUUCAGAGAGAUCCUGGACGAAGAAACGGCCAUUGAGCUGAGCAAAGAGGAACAUUUGAAAUUGUUGGAGUCAACAGGAGACACAGCGGCCCUUUCCACGCGAUUAAAACGGCAGAAACUUCAGAAUAUGUUUCCUGGGGUCAACAAUGCCAUGAUUGAUGAGUUCUUUGAAGCAAAUCGGUUUUCCCUAGAGGAGAGUCGUUUAGCACUACAGUCUGUGUUGGGGACGACUGCUGCACCACAAACCGUCCUGUCUGCAGAGUUGGCAGAUCACAGAGAUCACAGCAUACUGGAUCUCCAGCCCAAAAAGUCCUUGCCGCUGAUUGUGACCUCGGAGCCUGCCCCAGAACUGGAGUACGGCCUUGAUUACCAGGAUUUCCGUGCUGAAGCAUCUCAUCACAAGCUCAGACAGGAAUGCUUCCAGAAGGCUCAAGACGCCUACAGGAGAGGCAUGAAAGACGUUGCUUCAUUCUAUUCACAAGAGGGACAUCUUCACAGUGAGAAAUUAAGAGAGGCAAAUGGUAGAGCUUCACAAAGGAUUCUUUCAUACAGAAAUGCUGACUUGAACAAUGCCACCACCAUUGACCUGCAUGGCCUACACCCUACUGAGGCUGUCCGGCAUCUCGCUCAUAUUUUAAAGGAACGACAGCACGACCUGCGGCAGACUUCGGGCCGUCAGCGAUGUCACCUGACUGUCAUCACGGGGAGAGGCACCCACAGUCGAGGAGGUCGUGCCAAACUGUAUCCUGCCAUUGUUGACUUUCUGACCAAGAGCAGUUACAACUGGAACCCCCAGGCCUUUGGAGUAGUUCAGAUUGUGUUGAGGGGAUGAAAGAUCACAUUGAUGGUCUACUACAGCAGUCAUAAGUCACGAGUGGAUAAGUGAGCUCACUGAUUAUGGUAUAGUUUGAUGUUGUGGGAUGGGAGUGAUGGUAGUGUCAUCACUGAGUUAUGGGAGACAGCUGUACAAUAUCAUGAUGAAGUGAGCUUGAUGUUGUGGGAUGGGAGUGAUGGUAGUGUCAUCACUGAGUUAUGGUAGACAGCUGUACAAUAUCAUGAUGAAUUGAGCUUGAUGUUGUGGGAUGGGAGUGAUGGUAGUGUCAUCACUGAGUUAUGGUAGACAGCUGUACAAUAUCAUGAUGAAUUGAGCUUGAUGUUGUGGGAUGGGAGUGAUGGUAGUGUCAUCACUGAGUUAUGGUAGACAGCUGUACAGCUGUCCUAUAUCAUGGAGUGAGAAGUGAGUUUGAUGUUGUGAGAUGGGAGUGAUGGCAGACAGCUGUUGUAUGGUGAAGUGAGUUUGAUGUUGUGUGGUGAGAAUCCCAGGGAGGAACAACUAUUGCAACCAUAGGAGGUCAUGGUUCAAUCAGAUCAUGUAUGAAAGGAAAGAUGGAAAGUCCUAUUGAAAUGUAUUGCUCAACUCAGAGAAAUAUAUCAAUUAUUUUAUGAAAAAUCAUUUUAUGUGACAAUGUUCAGGUAAAGUACUACUCUUGUUAAAAGCAUGGGCUUUCAUGGCAAUUGUUUGGUUUUAAAAGGGAGAAUUUGUGCUUUGAAAAGGAGAAAAAUAGAUCAAGUUUUGAAUAUUCACAGUUGAAUUUUGUUUCCCCUCCCUUUUUCUCAUAUUUUCCGCGUCAGGUCACUGAAGUGGUCUGAUAUUUGUUGUGGUCUUGAGUAUUGUGAUAUUCUAAAGUUCAGAUUUGUUUUCAUUUUAUAAUUAGUUUUACUUUUGUGUGCUUGAGUGUUACUCCAUCUGGUAGGUAGGGAUUUUGAGUGUUACUCCAUCUGGCAGGUUAGGGAUUUUAUGUGUGGGUGUUACUCCAUCUGACGGGUAAGGGAUUUUGUGUUUGAGCGUUACUCCAUCUGAUAGGUUAGGGAUUUUGUGUGUUACCCCAUCUGGCUGGUUAGGGAUUUUAAGUGCUACUCCAUCUGACAGGUUAGGGAUUUUGUGUGUUUGUUACUCCAUCUGCCAGGUUAGGGAUUCUGUGUUUGAGUGUUACUCCAUCUGGCAGGUUAAGAAUUUUGAGUGCUACUCCAUCUGACUGGUUAGGGAUUUUGUGUUUGGGUGUUACUCCAUCUGACGGGUUAGGGAUUUUGUGUUUGAGUGGUACUCCAUCUGACAGGUUAGGGAUUUUGUGUUAGUGUUACUCAAUCUGACAGGUUAUGGAUUUUCUGUGUUCGAGUGUUACUCCAUCUGACAGGUUAUGGAUUUUGUGUGUUUAAGUGUUACCCCAUCUGACAGGUUAGGGAUUUUGUGUGUUUGAGUGUUACUCUGUCUGACAGGUUAGGGAUUUUGUGUGUUUGAGUGUUACUCCAUUUGACAGGUUAGGGAUUUUGAGUGUUACUCCAUUUGACAGGUUAGGGAUUUUGAGCGCAACUCCAUCUGACAGGUUAGGGAUUUUGUAUGUUUGAGUGUUACUCCAUCUGGCUGGUUGGGGAUUUUGAGUGUCACUCCAUGUAACAGGUUAGGGAUUUUGUGUGAGUGCUACUCCAUCUGACAGGUUAGGGAUUUUGUAUGGUUGAGUGUUACUCCGUCUGGCAGGUUGGGGAUUUUGAGUGUUACUCCAUCUAACAGGUUAGGGAUUUUGUGUGAGUGUUACUCCAUCUGACAGGUUAGGGAUUUUGUGUUUGAGCGUAACUCCAUCUGACAGGUUAGGGAUUUUGUGUUUGAGCGUAUCUCCAUCUGACAGGUUAGGGAUUUCGUGUUUGAGCGUAACUCCAUCUGACAGGUUGGGGAUUUUGUAUAUUUGAGUGUUUUGAAUAUUCACAGCUGAAUUUUGUUUCUCCACCUUUUUUCUCAUAUUGUCCACAUCAAGUCACUGGUCUUAUAUUUUUUGUGGUCUUGAGUAUUGUGAUAUUCUAAAGUUCAGAUUUGUUUUCAUUUUAUAAUUAGUUUUACUUUUGUGUGCUUGAGUGUUACUCCAUCUGGUAGGUAGGGAUUUUGAGUGUUACUCCAUCUGGUAGGUAGGGAUUUUGAGUGUUACUCCAUCUGGCAGGUUAUGGAUUUUAACAGCUAUGAGUUGAUGAUUUUAUAUGACUGGUUGGUUAUCUGUGUUGAAAUAAUGUACGAUCAUGAUAUUCAUGAAAUACUUAUGAGUGCACCUUGAAAAGUGGAAGUUGUCCAUUCAGUUUAAGAUCACCUUUCUUCUGUACAGCUGUCCUAUAUCAUGGAGUGAGAAGUGAGUUUGAUGUUGUGGGAUGGGAGUGAUGGCAGACAGCUGUUGUAUGGUGAAGUGAGUUUGAUGUUGUGUGGUGAGAAUCCCAGGGAGGAACAACUAUUGCAACCAUAGGAGGUCAUGGUUCAAUCAGAUCAUGUAUGAAAGGAAAGAUGGAAAGUCCUACUGAAAUGUAUUGCUCAACUCAGAGAAAUAUAUCAAUUAUUUUAUGAAAAAUCAUUUUAUGUGACAAUGUUCAGGUAAAGUACUACUCUUGUUAAAAGCAUGGGCAUGGGUAGGUAGGGAUUUUGAGUGUUACUCCAUCUGGCAGGUUAUGGAUUUUAACAGCUAUGAGUUGAUGAUUUUAUAUGACUGGUGUUUGGUUAUCUGUGUUGAAAUAAUGUACGAUCAUGAUAUUCAUGAAAUACUUAUGAGUGCACCUUGAAAAGUGGAAGUUGUCCAUUCAGUUUAAGAUCACCUUUCUUCAUCGCUUUGUUCAUUAUAUUUUCCAAUCAUGUAAAGGUUUUUACAUAUAAAAGUAUAUUUUUGUUGGAACAUUGACGAAUGGUACUAUGAUACUUAUAUUUUUGUGGUCCACAUUAAGGAAUUGUUAUACAAACAUAUUAGACUGCGGAAAUGUUUUGCCUAACCAGACAGUGUUUAUUAAGCUGUUAUUAUUCAUCUGUUAUCCAAUGAUGUGUACAGACUCAGGUACGAGGGUUUAGUUUAUAACUAUUUCUAUUCUGAUGAAUCACAACUUAUAAAUGCAUACUGCAAAUAUGCAUUGGUGAGUCAUUUUUGUGUUGGUCUUGCCAGUUAUAUAUCUCCUUGUUAUUAUACCAGACCAGUGUAUUUUAGUGCCGCAGUUGCUCCCAACUCAUGUUUUUUAACACGUACUCGUAAUGCAGUUGGCUUUUAGUUGUGUUUCACGAUUGUGCCUAACUUAUGUGCUUCUUGCUAUGAUAGUACAGUUGUGGGUCACUUAGGUGGUGCUUUAAUUUUAUAUUUCUCCCACUUGUGCCUAGUUACAAUUCUCCCACUUGUGCCUAGUUACAAUUCUCCCACUUGUUCCUAGUUACAAUUCUCCCAUUGGUGCCUAGUUACAAUUCUCCCACUCGUGCCUAGUUACAAUUCUCCCACUCGUGCCUAGUUACAAUUCUCCCACUCGUGCCUAGUUACAAUUCUCCCACUUGUGCCUAGUUACAAUUCUCCCACUCGUGCCGAGUUACAAGCAGCAACACACCUUAUUAAUGGAUCCACAGGUUGAACAUUAGUAUCUUUUCACUGCUUACACCAAAAUAUGAUUCUGUAGUUAUUUAGGAUAAUUUCAAAAUAAAAGAAAUCAAAAUGUAUGUGUUAUGUAUCCAACUGUUACUGUGAUAAGUUUUUAUAUAAUAUUUUAGAAAAGGAAGGAAAACUUAGUUGAAAGUAUAUGUUUGGAGCAAAAAGUGACAAAUGAAGCUCAUGCUUCAACUCUGUUGGUUUUAUUUUAAUGUACAUUUUAUGAUCUCCUAUUUUUACCAGAUUUUGAUGAUAAAACUGAAUUUUGUGUUGUAUAUAUGGCAAAACAUCGACAAAAUCAUAGAGGGUUCUAAUAAUACACACUUGUAAAUAGGUGUUGACUGACGUUGUUUCAAAUCUAAUAAAGAGAUUAAUAAAUUCA